UCAUGUGAUACCAAGAUGGCGGCGCCGCGGUAGCUGGCUCUGGGUGGUGGCGUCCGGGGAGCCGCGACGGUUUCUGCUCUUGGGCCGUGGGGGCUGCCACGCCUGGAUGGUCCGUGCGGCGGCCCGUACCCCCGCAUUGGGCACCUGUUCAAGGCUGAGGCUGUUGCCGUGGCGGUGGGUUCUGGGAAGCGCCGGUGACCUCUCUGCGGGUGCCCUGCGCUGGCCGUGGUCGCCCGAGGAGUAGAAGGGCAGCCGUCCUCCCGGGUCUUCCCGACUCGCGGAGUUCCUCAGGCCUCCGAGAGCUCUGGAGGAGCCACAGCUCUGAGGGGCUGCGGGAGUUCGAGCCCGCGGGUGUGUGACCGGCAGCCUCGUACCCCUGAGGGCGCAAAGAAACCCGCAAGAACUUUGCUUCCUCCUCCAGAGGCCUGGCUCCCUCGCGUUGGCUACUCCCGCAUUCUUUCCCACUUCCUCUCAAUGUUCUCACCAUAUACCUGGAAAUAUGAUCAGCGCCCCUGACGUGGUGGCCUUCACCAAAGAGGACGAGUACGAGGAGGAGCCUUACAAUGAGCCGGCCCUGCCCGAGGAGUACUCGGUGCCGCUCUUCCCCUUCGCCAGCCAAGGAGCCAGUCCAUGGUCCAAACUGUCCGGGGCCAAGUUCUCUCGGGACUUCAUCCUUAUUUCCGAGUUCUCUGAGCAGGUGGGACCCCAGCCCUUACUGACCAUCCCCAAUGACACCAAAGUUUUCGGUACUUUUGAUCUCAAUUACUUCUCUUUGCGGAUCAUGUCUGUGGAUUACCAGGCCUCCUUCGUGGGCCAUCCCCCUGGUUCUGCCUACCCCAAGCUGAACUUCGUGGAGGAUUCCAAGGUCGUGCUGGGAGACUCCAAGGAGGGGGCCUUUGCCUACGUGCACCACCUCACCCUGUACGACCUGGAGGCCCGUGGCUUCGUGAGGCCCUUUUGUAUGGCUUAUAUCUCAGCAGACCAGCACAAAAUCAUGCAGCAGUUCCAGGAGCUCUCAGCUGAAUUUUCCAAAGCUUCAGAGUGCUUGAAAACAGGCAACAGGAAGGCAUUUGCUGGGGAACUUGAAAAAAAACUGAAAGACUUGGAUUACACCAGAACAGUGCUGCACACCGAGACGGAGAUCCAGAAGAAAGCCAACGACAAAGGCUUUUACUCAUCUCAGGCCAUCGAGAAGGCCAAUGAGCUGGCCAGUGUGGAGAAGUCCAUCAUCGAACAUCAGGACCUGCUGAGGCAGAUCCGCUCGUACCCUCAUCGGAAGUUGAGGGGGUCCGAUUUGUGUCCUGGGGAGACGGAGCACACCCAGGAUCCGCCCAGGCAGGCAGCCACUACCUCUGACCCCGAAGAGUCUGCUGACACAGACCAUUACACCUGCAGACCCGCCUACACCCCAAAACUCAUCAAAGCAAAGUCCACCAAGUGUUUUGACAAGAAGCUGAAGACCUUGGAAGAGCUCUGCGACACCGAGUACUUCACCCAGACCCUGGCCCAGCUCAGCCACAUUGAGCACGUUUUCAGAGGAGACCUGUGCUACCUCCUGACCAGCCAGAUCGACAGAGCACUCCUGAAGCAACAGCAUAUCACAAACUUCCUCUUUGAAGACUUGGUAGAGGUCGAUGACAGGAGGGUAGAGAAACAGGAGAGCGCACCCCCUAGGCCCAGUCACGACAGGCCACCUUCCAGGUCUGUAGAGGAAUGUCCAGUUCCUCAAGUGUUAAUUAGCGUGGGCUCCUACAAGUCCAGUGUGGAGUCCGUGCUAAUCAAGAUGGAGCAGGACCUUGGGGAGGAGGGGUCCAGGGAAGUGGAGGUGACAGAGCCAAGCAGUUUUGACCCCCAGGAGAACCUGGCCUACCUGGACACGGACAUGAAAGGGAGCAUCAGCAGUGGCGAGAGCAUCGAGGUCCUCGGCACGGAGAAGUCCACCUCUGUGCUGUCGACGUCUGACAGCCAGGCCAGCCUCCCGGUGCCCUCGAGCCCCCAGGUGGUCCGGAGCAAGGCUGUCAGCCACAGGACGAUCAGCGGGGACAGUAUUGAAGUCCUCAGCACCUGCCCCUCUGAGGCCUUUGUCCCCGACGACUUCAAGGCCAGUUACCCAAGUGCCAUUAAUGAAGAAGAGUCCCACGCCAGUGACAGUGGGGGAGCCAUCCACUUCCAGGCAGGCCUCAGCCCGCCGGAGCUGGGGGAGGCCAAGGAGGGCGGCUCGGGAGCCACCCCGUCACAGACAGACUCCUGCUGCAUCGGGAGGGAGGGUGGCACUCUGCGGGUGCCGCUCUCCACCCCGGGCCACACGCUCUCCGAUGAGGACGGGGUCGUGAGUGUCCCCCCGCAGCACUACCGGCAGAAGGACCAGGAGUUCCACGUGGACGUCUCGGUGGAAAACGCCAACGCCUCUUCCCGAGACAGCGGUUCCGAAGGCUUCCCUGCUUAUGAGCUGGACCCGAGCCACCUGCUGGCCAGCCGGGACGGCAGUAAGACCAGCCUGGAUGACCACUCCGACGCCACCAGCUACGGGAGCAGCGUCACCUCCGCCAGCUCCGACAGGACUCCCUCCUCUGUUCCUCCCACUGGCCCCUCUUCCGAGAGGCAUAAGAAGAGGGCGGGCCAGAACGCCUUAAAAUUCAUCCGCCAGUACCCCUUUGCCCACCCAGCCAUCUACUCCCUGCUCAGCGGGAGGACGCUCGUGAUCCUAGGGGAGGAGGAGGCCGUAGUCAGGAAGCUGGUGAGCGCGCUGUCCAUCUUCGUCCCCAACUACAGCCUCCAUGCCAAACCCGUGAAGCACUGGGUCUCCUCUCCUCUGCAUAUCACGGAUUUUCAGAAGUGGAAGCUUAUUGGCCUGCAGAGGGUGGCAUCCCCCGCCAGUGCUGGCACCCUCCACGCCCUGAGCCGCUACAGCCGCUACACGAGCAUCCUGGACCUGGACCGGAAGACCCUGCGCUGCCCCCUCUACAGAGGCACCCUGGUGCCCCGGCUGGCGGACCACCGCACGCACAUCAAGCGGGGCAGCACCUACUCCCUGCACGUGCAGAGUGUGCUCACGCAGCUCUGCGCCAAGGCCUUCCUCUACGCCUUCUGCCGCCACCUGCACCUGCCCGCCCGCGGCACGGAAGCCGAGGGGCUGGCCACCAGCCGCCAGGCCAGCUUCUUGCAGCUGAACCUGGGGCUGGUGAAUGAAGACGUCAAGGUGGUCCAGUACCUGGCAGAGCUGCUGAAGCUACACUACACGCGGGAGCCUUCCACGGCCGGCCAGCCCGUGCUCAGGGACGUGGCUAAUUGCGUGUACUUGGGCCUCCUGGGACACGAGCUUGUGACACCUUAUCUCCGAGGGAAGAGCGGUCCGUGGGGCCCAAAUGACCAGAUGGGAAGCGAUCACGGGCCCACCCGUGUCUCGUUCCCGGGCCACCAACAUGGCCUCUGCGGUUCACACCUCGCACCUGGGAAGCCAGAAAGGGCAGCAGGUCAGUCACACUGGCCUCCUAGAAGCGGAAGUCCACUCUGGAGGGUGUUUGUGCAGAAGCGCCGCCUCGGGCGAGCCCUGCUGGUGCAAGCAGAAGGCCUGGCUGUGGGGCGGCCGCAGAGAGGGCACCCGGAGCCCCUCUCUUGAGCUGUUUCUUCAUUGAGGAGUAGAGCUGUCUUCGCUGACCAGUGGCUGAACUCCAGCAUUUAAAUUUUGCUUAAAAUCCAACUUUGCAGUGUGCAGGUUCACAGAAUUGCUUGAUGCCAAGUAUGUUUCUCUUCAAAGGGAGCUCAAAGGGGAACCAGGCCUUCCCGGCCCUGCCACGCUGGCGACUGGAACCUGCCAGGAGUCUCAGACGCACCUGAGUCUGAGUGGUGGGGGCCUGUGCAACGAACUCAUCUCGUCAGGAAUCUUAACAAGAGGUUUUCCCUGGUACUAGGUCAGCAAGCGUCCAAAUGCUGAGAAACGCUUCCAAAAUCAGAGGGUGUCAGUGCCCUUAGUACUUCUUCAAUCCUAAGUAUCGCCUCGAAGGCCCAGGCACCAGAACCUUGAGGUUUGUUUCAGCUUCACUUCCAGUCCGUUACCUGCCCCCCACCCUGCCUUUUUAAAGCAGUCCAAGUUAAGAAGAACCUGCCUAGGCUGGCAUUUAUGCAGUAGUGAUUUCCAGAAGCUCCACGGUAGACAUCAGCUGAACCCUUUUAUAGCACCUGUGGCCCUGGGGACCCUACUCCUUUAGUAGAAUCUGGAAAUGGGCUGUGAUAGCCCAGUUGCCAUUUCCCAUGUAGCUCUGAACUUCUUGCUUCAGAUCAGUUACUGUGUGCAAAGUAUCGUAGACUUCAUCCCCAAACAAGUAACAAAUCCCAUGUCAAAAUCCCAGGAUGGCCGAUAGAUUCUCCCCUGAGUGCCAGGGCUGCUGCAGCUUGUGACACGUCCCCGGAGGCCCAGUGGCCUGGAAGAUCUCGCACGCAGCUCGCCACCCACCCUCCCCACCAGCCUGAUGGCGCCUGGCCGGUCAGCUUCUCCACGUGGCCCACGUCGUCUUUGCACAGGCAGGAGCCCUCCUGGGCUGGUGCGAUCCAUCAGUCCGUGUGGACAGCCUUCGGAGGCACCAGCCCCCCAAGCCAGCAUCAGAUCUUACCUCCCAUCUCCCUAGAGGCUCAAGAAAGUGCCUUGGCUCGUGCUUUGAAGCAAACCAGCUAGCUUUCUGGCUUUUUCCCAAUAUUGUGAUAGAAACUGAUACAACUGGAAUUUUUGAGAGAGAGAUGGUAUUAACAGAUUGCAAAAGGAAAAGUAUCAAAUCUCUACUUCUGGCUGGAAGGAAAACCAGCCUCAGCUAAGGUUGGAGCACACCCAGCUCUUCUGAGCCCGUCCUGCUUUGAGGUUUGGUUUCAGCUGUGGGGAGGAGGGAGCACUUGGCCAUGAAUCAAGUGCUGGUCUGGGGCCCCAGCCUCCCGGGAGUGCUUGUGUGGUGGCCUUUGUCUCCUGCGGGGGAAGAGUCAAGCUCCUGGGUGUGAGGCUGUUUCCACAGCUGCGGAGGUGGCAGCCGCCCUGCCCGCCGUGCUGGAGCCCCGGGGCGUCAACCACGGCCAUGUUAACGCCACGGUGAGAAGCAUAGUGUGUGAGGAAGUCGUAUUUGUCGUUUUUUGAAAAGCUACAUUAUUACUGCAUGCUCCUCGUCGUGUGUGAGCGUGAGUCCCACCGGGUGAGCCGUGGUCACUGCGGCCAGGGCGAGAGCACGCUGCACACGCCACACGCGUGCCCGCAGCUCCCGGUGUGGCUGCACCAGAGUUCAACCAGUCAUGCCAAACAAAUAGUAUGAGAAGUGUACUUUUUAAGAAAUUAAUUUAUUUGAGUUGAGAUAUUUUUGAGAUAUAAAAAUCGGUUGUAUUUUUUAAAGCUAUAAUUCUUGUAGACAUUCUGUGGUUAAAAAUUUGUGCUUAUUAAAAAUGGUCAUCUA